GGGCAGUCUCGUGCAGCCCGUGGACCAAUCGGGACGGUGCUGGCCCUGAGGAGGGCCAACAGUUCAGUGGGAGAUGGCGCCCAGCUCGAAAUCAGAAAAGGACGAUAGCAAACAGAAAGCUCAAAGAAAACGGAAAGACCAUGUCGUGAAGCUUCUCAUGCGUGGGAAGCUGUCAGGACAGUUUUCUCAGCGCCUCUUCAGGAAGCUGCCACCCCGAGUGUGUGUCCCACUGAAGAACAUUGUCAGCGAGGAGUUUCUGAGAGCAGGGCAUGUCUUUCUUGGCUUCACCAAAUGCGGGCGCUACGUCCUGUCCUACACCAGCGACUGUGGAGAAGAUGAUGAUUUCUCUUUCUAUAUCUACCAUCUUUAUUGGUGGGAGUUCAACCUGCACAGUAGACUCAAACAGGUCCAUCAUGUACGUCUGUUUGCAGGAGAGGAAAUCUACAGCGACCUGUACCUGACUGUGUGUGAGUGGCCAAAUGACCACUCUAAAAUUGUCAUCUUUGGCUUCAAUACACGCAGUUCAAGCUCCGUUCUGAUGAACUUAAUGAUGAGUGAUGAAAACAAUAGAGACAUCUACAUCACUAUCGCCUCCAUGCCGCCUCCUAAACCUUGCUCUUACUGCUGCCCUGUUCCCUCAGCCACUACCAUACGCACAGGAAGUGGUGAGUGUCUGGAGCAUGGCUAUGUGCUCAACAGCAGGUACCAGGUGGUAUACCCAUUCCCCACUUUCCAGCCAGCUUUCCAGCUGAAGAAGGACCAGGUCAUCCUGUUAAACACUAGCUACUCUCUGGUGGCUUGCGGCAUCUCACUCUGCCCAGGUAAGCAGGGUCAGUCAUCACAGAUCCUUUACUCAAAGAGGGCAGCUCUGUCAAGUCAAGCCUCUACAUCUUUUUCCUCCACCUCCUCGACCUCUCCUCCAUCACUACCUCAGGGAUCUCCCGAAAGCCGACUGCCACCUAGCAGACCUGCUCCCAUUCCCUCUUCUCCUAGCCAGUCACAAGCAGCCGUGCGAGCCCGGGAGUUUGCAGCGGACCUCUUCAGGCGGGCCCAGGGAGGAGGAGCAGGAACAGGAACAGGAGGAGGAGGAGGAGGAGGAGGAGGAGGAGGAAGAAGGGGGAAAGAGAAUGAAGGCCAGGCAGAAAGGAGACCAACUGAUGGUGGUGAAAAAGAGACAGCACAGAUACCAGGAGACAAAGGGAUAAAUGUAGAGAGGAGAAGAGAGGAGGAGGAGGAUUGUAGAGAGAGGAGGGUGGAGGAGAGACGGACUAGUUUACCACAAGCGUCCGCAUCGGGUGGGAGCCACAGUUCACCACAGUGCUCUGAACAAGUGAUGUCUCCUGCCUCCUCUUCCUCAUCACCUUCAUCCCCGCCGACCCCGUCCUCGUCCCAGGAGGUCGGCCCCAGCGAGCCUGGAUACGUCAACUAUUCACGUUUGCACUACUGCCUCCAACAGCCGGGGGCGGCAGAGCAGAAUACAGGAAGUGCAGGAGGUUACGAAGAUGAUAAAGUUCAACUACCUUUUACAGUCACUGAUCUUAAAGGACGCAACCUACAGCUGGUCACGGGGCCACACAAUGGACAGAGUGUGUGUGUGGAGCAGUUGACUCUAGACUUUGAGUAUCUUAUCAAUGAGGUGAUCAGGAGCGAUGCUGCCUGGGCCCCUCAGUUCUGCUCCUUCAGUGACUAUGAUGUUGUGAUAUUAGAGGUGUGUCCUGAAACCAACACUGUGAUGAUCAACAUUGGUCUGCUGUUACUGGCCUUCUCCAACUCAGACGAGGAGCACUGCAGGCCAAACACGUAUCAUUCCAACCUGCAGGUGAGCUGGGACCUAAACACGGGUGUGUGUUGCACCGUGGGUGUUGGUGACCUUACAGAAGUCAAGGGUCAGACCAGUGGGAGCGUGUGGAGUUCUUACAGGAAGUCCUGUGUGAACACUGUGAUGAAGUGGUUAGUUCCUGAGAGCAGCUCCCGCUACAUUAAUCGCAUGACCAAUGAAGCUCUACACAAAGGCUCGUCCCUUCAAGUGUUGGCAGACAGUGACCGAUGUACCUGGAUUGUAUUAUGAAGAAAGAAGUGUCAAAGCAACGGAAACAAAAGCACACACAGAAGUACGUCGACAUGGCCUCAUCGUCAGUACGGAGCUCGUCAUUGUCCUCCUUCCGAGUAAAACUGCACACGUUCAUCGCUCUGGUAACAUGUAGCUCAAACGUGUCAAAUUAAAAUUGAUCAAAGAACGCUCUAGAUGCUGUUAAGAUGAAGUUUUUUAUUUGGGUGGUCUGUGUUUAAUUUUACAGGUUUCAUCCUUUAUUUUGUAACUGUGUACUGUAUUAUUUCGACCACCAAAACAAAGAGCUGGACUGAACGAAGAUUUAAUUUUUACUUUUAGUUUUUAUACAUAAAGGCAUACUGUUGUUGUAGUGCGAGUGUUUCUUGUGUGUGUACGUCUGUAACUGAACGUAUGUAAUAACUGCACCUGUGUGAUGUUCACAAGGAGAUUACAUUCAGAGACAUAAUGUGUGUAUUUGUGUGAGUGCACGCAUGUUUAAUGUGUAUGUAACAUUUGACCGAUUCUGCUGCUUCUGAACCAGUUUGUUUCCUCACCUGGUCUGGACCAGUUCAGGCUCGCUGUGUUGAUUUCAUACGGCUGCAGUAUUUAAAAUGAGACAAACUGAACCCAGUACUGCAUCACUUGACUCAAAACACCUUUUUUUAAUGUAUGUCAUGGAAGUAGAGGAUUGUUGGGGGGUAAGCUGCUCAGCUGGUUGACAUGCUGUAUGUUUACUGGCAUGGAAGUAAGACUAUGUUCUAUUGGGAUAUUUUGUCAAAAUAAAAUAUUCACAUGUU